AUGGGACACGCUCCGUGUGAGGAGAAGACAUUCCCCUUCUUCGACCUCCCACCGGAACUCCGCGAAUGGGUGUACGACAACCUGAGCGGCGACGAGACCGUCAUUGCCUCGCCAACUAUGGAAGCAGCCAUGUCCGUCAAAGACUGUCCCUUGGCGAACAUUAUGUGUGUCUCCAAGCAGAUCAAGGAAGAGUACGAGCACGUCGCCGAGCCCAAGAUGAGGCUGAUCUACUCGGACCACCAAGACUUCAACUUCACACUGCCUCCUCUUCCUUGCAGACUGGUCGACGUCAAGAUAGUGGAGCUUCGAAUGUUUGUCGUCUGCGAGCACACCUGCCCGGGGAAUGCGACCCACUGUGAAGCCGCCAACGAUCUGCGACAAACACUCGGCCUCGUCGCUGGCAAGCUCUUGUUGACUCCACCCGAUGCCAAAGUCGAAUUGAAGUUGGGUCUAUGGUGGAAAGAAAAGGAGAAUCGCAAUUGGCCCGAGACCCCGCACGCAGAGAAUGUUGUGGCAGAGCUGAAGACCCGUGUCGAAGAGAUCCAACAGCUUUCCCGCGUCGACAUCUACAGGUCUGAUGAACGCUGUCUCGAUGCUGAGAAGAUUGUCGACAGCGAGAAAUUGCUUGCCACAUGGUCAAGGGACGAGGGGUGGCACGCCGGUCGGCCCCAGCAAACUGAACCCCAAGAGGCAGAAGCGGCUUCUACCGAACAUGGAGGCAGCGCGACCUGA